AUGAACGGCACACUCAUCACGCCGCAGGCGUCCUAUCCCUCUAUUUCCUCCGUUCUCGCCCAGAUCAACGAGGUCGACACGAUGCGCUUGCCUGCAUACCGCGAGAGCUACAUGCGGCGGUACCAUCCGUAUCCGCGCCCGCCCGAGCGUUGGUACGAUCCGCUGAUGCAAACGGUGGACUAUCACUAUGAGGACGAGCCCGUGCUCCUUGCGCCUAGUGGGCACGAUGCAGACAUGUUGAAUCUCGAGCUGGCGGUACAUGGAUAUUGCGGGUCGCCCGUGCAAGGUCGGCGUAGGCUCUCGACGCUAAUUGUCGACUUGGCUUUCGCGGUGCGUCUGCGUUGCCAGCAAAUUCACAUCGUCAAGAAACUGGUGCCGCCAGUUGUUGACUUGCUAAAGUGA